UAACCGCUCAGUGUUUACAGCCGAACCUGUCCGCACAGUCCGGGGCCCACGGGCGAUCUACAUCUGCAGCACACUGGGCGCUCGCUGCAGCUCCAGGGUCUCAUCACUGUAAUUCAAUGCGUUAGAAUGAAAGGCGAGAGGUCACCAGACUGAGGGAGAACAGCUAAAAACAGCGGGUGUUCGACUAACCGGAGGAGCCUUCGGGCUGCGGAUUCAGGAGCGACCGACCUCCGUGAGAGACAUUUCCUUGCAACAUGCACAUGCUUGGUCUUGCAGUAAUCUUAGCAUCAGUUCUAAAAGCCUGUCUCAGCACCAGUACCCCCUACAGACCACAUGCUCAGAUCGGCGAGAUACAGGUGCAGAUUGGGGGGACGGUGAUCCUGCCCUGCAACAGCUCAGCCUACAGCAGAGGGGAACUGGAUGUCCACUGGGAGGCUAUGGGCAAAGACGUGGUCUUCUUCCAGAAUGGCCAGCUUGGGGCUGGACAGGGGUAUGAGGGCCGUGUAGAGCUCCAGUUAUCAAAGGCUUUGGAGGGGGACUUCUCCUUGACUCUAACAAAUGCAGUGAUGAGCGACACAGACCUGUAUGAAUGUCUGUGGCAGGGCAAGAGGAGCAUAUCCACUGUUAUACUGAAUGUCUUACCCCCACCGUUUCCUGACCUGCAUACCUCUGUGACAGAGGGUGAGGACGUCACGCUGUCCUGCUAUGGUAGAAUACCAAAAAAUAAACCUUGGGAGAAAAUGUUCAUUCAGUGGUUGAAGGAUGAAGAGGAAGUCCUGUUAUUCAGCUCUGGCAAGAUCACCACAAACACUGUCUACAGGGGCCUGUCAUUACCACCCCAAGAGGAAAUUAGUAAGGGCAUCUAUUCACUGACUAUUGAGUCAGUAAGAGCCUCGUACCAGGGUAUCUACAAAUGCCGCUACAAGGCCAAUGAUUAUGAAGCUCCACGAAGCGGAUUUCCUGAAACAUAUAGCCUCAGCGUUUUAGUUUCCAAAGAACCUGAUGCUACAGUGGAAGAAGCCAGUGAUGUUACUGAGAUGGCCAGUUUUAGUACAAGUACAGAACUUACUGGAUUAAUUGUUGGUGCCAGUGAAGACAUCACUACAAUGCAGGACACCACAAGAGUGAUCCCAGAGCUACUGCCACAGCCGAACACCACUACUGACACUACAGUGUUAAUUGCUGAUGCCAGUGCUGACAGCACUACUGUGCAAGAUCCAGUGGGAGGAGUCUUACUGAUGCAGCCACAGCCGAGCACGACUACUGACCUUUUUGGGUUACUUGCCAAAUCAAGUGCCGAAAGUACUACUGGGCAGGACACCAUGGAAGUGAUCCCAGAGCUACUGCCACAGCCGAACACCACUACUGACACUACAGUGUUAAUUGCUGAUGCCAGUGCUGACAGCACUACUGUGCAAGAUCCAGUGGGAGGAGUCUUACUGAUGCAGCCACAGCCGAGCACGACUACUGACCUUUUUGGGUUACUUGCCAAAUCCAGUGCUGACAGUACUACUGGGCAGGACACCAUGGAAGUGAUCCCAGAGCUACUGUGGCAGCCAAGCACAACUGCUGACUUCAUUAAGUUCAUUGCUGAUUCCAGUGGCGACAGCACUACCGUGCAGGAUGCUCUGGGAGGUGAAGAAGAUCCAUUUGAAUACCUUUGGGCUGAGGAGGUACCGUGGGUUCGCAUUGGGAUGAUCAGUGUAGUACUGCUGGUCACUGCAGCAUUCUUGGGCACACUAGUGGCACUAGGGAAGCUUUGA